AUGGGCGAUUUCAAGAGUGAAAAGCCACUAAGAAAGAUCGCAGAAGCUUUUAAAGAACUAGAAGCGACUAUAAACUCCGAAACCAAAGAAGUUGAAGUGGCACCAUUUUCUCAUGCUUGUUCUCUCGUUUCUCCUCUAUUUGGUUGCUUAGGCAUCGCCUUCAAAUUCGCCGAAAUGGAUUAUGUUGCCAAGGUGCAUGAUCUUGCAGAGGCAUCAAAAUCGAUUGGUACAUUACAAAGUGUGUUAGAUAAGGAUGUAGAAAGGAAUUGUGUGAGAAAAGCUGGGAGUCAUUCAAGAAAUCUUUUGAGAGUAAAGCGUGGGCUUGAUAUGGUCAGGGUGUUGUUCGAGCAGAUUCUUGAUACAGAGGAAAAUUCUUUGAAGAACCCGGCUUCGAAGGCUUAUGCACAGGUAUUUGCUCCCCAUCAUGGGUGGGCAAUUAGAAAGGCUGUUGCUGCAGGGAUGUAUGCCCUUCCUACAAAAGCCCAGCUUUUAAUGAAGCUGAAUGAAGACGAAAGCUCGGCAAGAAUUCAAAUGCAGAGUUAUGUUGCUUCAUCAGUGCCAGUCAUAAUGUAUGUUGACAAACUCUUCCUCACCAGAGAAUUGGGUAUAGAUUGGUGA